AUCACGUUUUGCUCAGAGGCUAUGGCGCUUCCCGACUGGAUGGUAACACUGGUGGCCGCUGCAUCCCUCUUCUGUUUCUUAUGUUUGUGUGUGCGUUACAGGCGAACCGCAAAAGUCAUUUGGAGGAAAUUCGUUAGCAAGAUAAUGGCCCGCACGGAGAAGCCGUUGUUCCGAAUCGCCUACACACUUUAUACUAGGACAAGACUUGGCUACAUGUACUACAAGAGGCAAAUGAGAAAAGCCAGGGAGCACUACCCUGCUGGACAUUCAACAUCUUAUCCUAUGGAGUUCAGUGGUAUUAAGAUAAUUCCCAUCUCCGUGUUGUCUGACAACUACAGCUACCUUAUAAUUGACACAGCGUCCAGUGUUGCAGUUGUUGUAGACCCUGCAGACCCUCAGACAGUUCAGUCAGUCCUUGAAGAAGAGGGAGUGAUAUUAGAAGCUAUCUUGUGCACACACAAGCACUGGGACCACAGUGGGGGAAACAAAGGGCUGAAAAGGCUCCACAGCUCAUGUCGAGUGUAUGGAAACGCAGCUGAUAACAUUCCUGGUCUCACACACCCCCUCUCACACAAGGACUCAGUAAUAGUUGGUCGAAUGCACUUUAAGGCCCUUUUCACUCCUGGACACACAGUCGGGCACAUGAUCUACUUCCUGGAUGGCCAAGCGGUUGGUGCUCCUUCCAGCCUCUUCUCUGGUGACCUGGUGUUCCUCUCUGGGUGUGGGAGGAUGUUUGAGGGCAGUGCCACAACAAUGCUGUCAUCUCUGGACACAGUUGGCUCCUUAAGUGAUGACACUCUAUUAUGGCCUGGUCAUGAGUAUGCAGAGGACAACUUGCUCUUUGCUGCUGAGGUUGAGCCACGUAACGCUGCCAGGGAAAACAAAUAUCAGUGGGUUCUGCAGCGCCGGGGCCAGAAGCUUUGUACGUGUCCCUCCACUCUUGGUGAAGAGAAGCAGUACAACCCUUUCCUGCGUAGCCACUCUGCGGAGCUCCAUGUGGCCCUGGGGGUCCAGCAGCUCCAGGAUGAGGACUGGACCCAGUUCAGAGCGCGAGUGCUGGAGGAGCUACGGAAACGCAAAGACUUCUACAACAGGAGAUAGUAGCACAGAGAGUUGUGCUAAGGGAGGAGGCUCAUUUGCACUGGACAUCGGUGGGGAGUCAGUCGUGAUCAUCAGCUGACUGCUGUGGUGCUGGGAAAAAGCUGAGCUGUGUGGUAAAUUUAAAGGGGCAUUAAGACAUUUUUUUUUUAACUCUAUCAACCUGAAUCUGUGACCACUUGGAAGAUAUAGUCCCUCUUUUGUUAUUUUAACCUUACUAUUGCUAACAGUCCUGUUAUCUUUUCAGGUGCUGUGGUAUUUUGUAAUGUUGUUUGUGGAGCAGUGUACCUUUAUGUCAUAGUAACAUACAAGUAGUAUGUACUGUAGAUUUAGACGUGUAGUAAUUUUGGUUAUUUUAUAAAUAGGUACAAUCAAGAGUUGAUCUGGUUUGUGAAACCCAGGAGAAACAGGUCAGUGCACUAGUCUGCCCGGUACUGAAUAGUUUGCUCCACAGAAUGGAGUUUUAGGAUAAAUAAUAAACCAUGAUUGUCUUCAAAAGCCUUUCUUGGCAAUCUUUGGUUUGCAGGCCUUUUUUUUUCUGGUCUACUUGCUCGUUUUCGGUACUGCUGACGAGUACUUAACAUCUCUGAAGCAAAGACUUGAUAUUCUCAUGUUAUUUUCAGCAGUUUUAUCAGUAAUUUGAACACAUUGCAAACAUUUCUCUGGUACUUUUUGUUAGCUUUUCACAGAUUUACAAUAGAAAAAUGAGGUUUUAUGAGAAUGUUUUGAAAUGCUGAAUCUAUAAAUUGGUACUGAAGCCAUUUUUCCUAAUAUUUGAAUUAGUUUACAGGAGAAAACUAACAAAUGGGCCAAAGUUGGAGCAUUUGGCAUCUUGUGAAGAGCUCUGCUGUGCCUGUCAGCUUAAACACAUCUUUUGAUGCUUAAAUACUUCAAAUAUUUUGUUUUGAUGUUUUCACGUCAUGAAUGUGAACUGCAAAACAUGUGAAGAUGACUGCUGAUGUGCAGUAAUGUGUGAAACGUGACUGAAUUGUUUCAUUAAGGGAUGGUUUGUAUGCCGAAUUCUGACUGCAUUUAUAAUGAAGAAGUGAAGUUUAAUCAAACUAUUUGUAAUUAUGCAGCAGGUUGAAGUUAAAAAAAAUGUGAGUGUAAUGAAAGUUUUUCUUUCAAAUUUGUGAGUGCACUGUACAACACUGACUGGAACUGAUUUUAUUUUAAGCCAUUUUUUAUGGUCAAUAUAAAAACUUUGGGAGACAAAAUCGAACAUAGUUUUGAAAAUAUUAAAGAAUUUACUCUGCUGUGACAAGAAUUAACGUGACUGUUGAGUUCUGGAUGAGCCACGUGGUUGCAACAGUUCCCUGAUUUAUAAAAUUGAUCAAUUUUAGCUAAUUUCUCUUUUAAACUUUAUUUAGACUUUAUUUUUAUGUGGGAAACAUGCUGCUAGUAACAUAAUCCGGUUUCUGAUCAUCACACAGCCCAGUUUAAAUGACAUGACAGAACAGUCCAUUAACAUAGGAAUGUUUUUUAAAAUGAGCCAGUAUUUCCUGACUUUUUCAUCUCUUUUUGUUUGGUUUUAUUUUUCUUUUUGAUAUUUUUACAUGUGAAGGUGUCAGAGUUUAUUAUAAAAGGAACAUCAAUCAAAGGUUUAGUUUUUACAAGCAAGAAAUGUGGCUCACCAACCCAAUUUCCGGAUCUCAGGGAAUCAUUGGCCGAUUAAAAACCUUCUCUUAUGUGCAACAACAGAACUUAUAUCUUUCAAAAUGAACAGAGCAUAAGAUUGUGAAGAGAUUCAAGAAAAAUCUCUUUGUAAAGGCCAAAGCUAGAAACCACUUCUGGAUGUGCAUGAGCUUUAAACCCUUAGGUGUCACUGCAUGACCAAGUGUCACGUCACAGUGAUCAGUAUCACCACAUGGGCUUAGGAGUAACUUCCAAAACACAUCACAUUACAGAAAUGUGACUUGUAAGUUACACAGUAGAAGAAGCCAUGUGUCAACUCUGAGCAGAGCGCCACACCACUGACAUUUCUGGACAUAAACCUCUGAGAACAGAAAGAGCUCUGGAGUUAGAUGACUCCACAUUUUAGCUGCUAUUAAAAGAAAAAAAUGUCUGGCUCUGUGCCAACGAUGGCAUUCAUCAUAGAGGCUGAUAUGGUGAAAGCAACGCAGUAUGGGACGCAUCAUUGCUUAUGGCAUGUGAUACUGUACAUUUUUGUGGAGAUUCCACUAAUGCCUGUCAUCUAGAUCUGUUUCCUGUUGAAAAUGUAAAAUAUAAAGUAAAAUAUAUUAAGUUGAA